UGGCGUGACGUCACCUCGCCGCGCUCUGAUUGGAGGAUGGCUCCGGGCGGGAGCUCGGGGGUAAACAAAGCGGUGUCGUCUUUUCUCCGCAGCCAUUGCGGAAGGCCUUUUCUGUGGCUCUCGGAAAUCCACUGCUAGUGCUUGAACGAAGACGCGGCAUACGGAAAAAAGAGACCGGAAAUACCUAGAAAUGUACGUUACUUCGUUUGACGCGAAAGAAUUUACCCUGGGAGCAUACGAAGCACCAAUAUGCGUCCCGGUCUUCGGCGGUGAGAUGUUGAUGUGUGCCCCCCCCAACGUCAGCACGGUGAUGUGCGACGCGAGUGAGCCUUUCUACUUUUUGGCGGAGACCCCUUUUCGCCAGCAAGUGUCUCGGUGUUUCCGUGAAGCACCGAAGUGUAGCUACAGCCCUCUUCGGCGAGCUGAACGGGCUGCCGAGCUUUCGAAGGCCGAUCUCCCGCAGCGCUGGAACCCGGAGAACCGCGCCAUGGCGCUCGCUGAGAAUCCACCGGCUGCCGGGCUACUGAAAGGGCCCUCUGCUCGGAGGACAUGUUGCGGGCCCUGUGUAAUGCCCUCGGCGCCUGUGCGACUUCAGGGGGUCUGCGUUUCACGGCCCCGUUACCAGCUGGGAAAUUCUCCAUGGAGGGGACGACAUCCUGUCCAGCACCAGCUUCACCAUCUGGGACCAAGUGCACGAGGGGUCGCACUGCAAGCAGAUGAAAGGAGGGCACUGCAACCUUGAGGUCAAGCUUGUACAUCUACCAUUACAGUCCUGAAUGGAUGCCAAUUGGUACUGAUGACCUUAUGAAGGUGAAACGUCCCUGGAUCUAAAGGGAAAAUUUGAUUGAAGGCGAGCUGAAGUUGUUUCUGACUUUAUCCUCUUAUGACUUGAAAGUAAUCUGCCUACUUCAUGAAUAUUGAAGAUGCAGAAUUUGUUUCCGUAACUGUCCCACUUCAACGUAAUGUGCACAUUGAAACCUGUUCCUUUUCUUUUUCUGCUUUCCGGCGAGAAAAAAAAGCCAACGAAUCUCCCUUUUCCUUCUCGCAAUGGGGAGGUGUGCAAGACUGAUUGCAUAUUUUAUAUAAGCAAUCAGUUUCAUAAGUGAAUGAAGAUAAAAGCAGAAUACAUGUUCACAGAUUAUUUGUGAAUUCUUAGACUUGCUGAAGUGAGUAGUUUAUGUUCGAGUCAUGUAAUUAUGAAGUCAAAACCAGAUUUAGUGCAUUUUUAAGAAGCCUUUUAGACCUGAGAGUUCUGUUUUGACUCGGCAAUACACAACUCACCUUUGUUAUUCCUAUAGCACAGCCGAAACUAUAAACAUGAGCAUGUUGCCUGACCAAUGCUUGAACUGCCGUGAAAUCGACGAAGUCCCUAUCCUUCGAGAACAAGUGUCAACGGGGAAUAGUCGAAAGACCAGGGUCAAGUAUGCACACACAUACUUGAUUUCAAGCUUGCAGAUUGAAAUAAUUGUUUAUUGAAUCAUAUCCAUUCUUAAACCUGUUUGAGAUUGUAUUGGUUCAUAUUCACAGUAUAUUUAUUUUUCAUUUCACCAAGGAAUAAUUUAGAGACAGAUGUUGGUGUUCAGGCGUGAUGCUUUUAUUUUUGUCACAUGCAAGAGGGCAAAAAAUUAGAUUCGGCUUUGUAAACUGAUUUUUUUAUGUAUUCUUCCAAACAGCAUAGCAAAGAAUAAUAUAAGGGCUACAGCUGCGAGAGUUGCUACACCUGGCAUCUCAUUUGUUUUAUAGCGUGUACAGGUGAGACACUAUACUCCGUUUCUCGGUAAAUUGGCAAACAUUGUGACCCAAUAAGAGCAUCGGAGCCAGGCACGUGACAACACUCCACGGUCGAGUCCUCGUUAUUGCCACAGCAAGAGCGCCAUCUGCGACAAAACAUAGUUCUAGGCUUUGUUUUUUCUUCUUCUUUUAGUAGUGCUGCCGUCGGAUUCUUCGGACCGCAACACUACACGACACUGAAGAAAGACGAAGACACAUGUUACUGAUUAGCGACACUUAAUAUAGAUCAACACUUUUUUUGAGAAAAACAUGGCUUGUGAUCGAAGUUCAAACAAUCGUAGCCGUGAAUCGACCACUUCCGCUCAAAACAUCGCCCUAGCAUUAGCACCCGCCACAGAUUCAUGGGCAAAUUGAGCAUGUGGUUGUAAGACGACAGCCGGUUCUGGCGGGUGGUCCUUGCAUUUGGCGCGGUGACACGAACGCUCCUGUAACAUGCGUCCAUGUGCCUCGCUCCGACAUUCUUACUGGGUCGCAGAAGCCGUAGCCUCCACAGUUCACCAAGCUAUCGUGAAACAGAAUGUAGACUAAGUUGCCUGCGUGCUAAUGAAAGUAGCCUUGCCAGCAUCAUGUAUUAUGUAUGAAACACUGUAUACUUCGAGAAAACAAAUAAAGCCAUUCAACCUUUCCA